AUGAUGCACAACACCCGAUUAGCGGCCACCUUGCUGGCCUGCCUUACGAUCUUUCCGAACUUUAUUAAUGCUUUCUGGCGUCUGCCAUGUCGCGGGCGACUUGGCGUCGCUCGAUUGGAUCCUUUGAUAGACCCAGGAAAGGUCGCAUCGCACGCGCACUCCAUUCACGGCGCUGGAAGCUUUAGUAUGAACUCCAAUCAACAGACCUUGCAGAAAUCCAGUUGCACGUCUUGCGCUGUGAUGCAAGAUAAGUCCGCUUACUGGACUCCUACUCUCUACUUUAUGCAUCCAAACGGCAGUGCCGAAUUGGUAGAGCAGGUGGGAGGCAUGCUUGCCUACUACCUCCUCUACGGAGAGAAUGUAACUGCUUUCCCUCAGGGCUUCCGGAUGAUCGCAGGGGAUCCAUUCCAGCGCAACUUCACCUGGCCAGUUCCAGACCCUCCCAAGUCCCUAUGGAAGGGCGCCCAGGAAUCUCAGCGUGCUCUUCGCCAGAAGGCUCUUGGAUUCAACUGCUUGAACUAUGCCGAAGCGGCAGAGCCGUCUCUUUACCGCCAUUUUCUACCGAACAAGACUUUUUUGGACGAGCACUGUACCGAUGGAAUCCGGCUGGAGCUGAUGUUCCCAUCGUGCUGGAAUGGUAAAGAUGUCGAUUCCCCGGACCACAAAUCUCACGUCGCCUAUCCCUCACUUGUCAUGGAUGGAACCUGUCCAGAAGGAUAUGAGACCCGACUAGUCUCGCUCUUCUACGAGACUAUCUGGAACACAUACGCAUUCAAAGAUAAAGAAGGAUUCUUCACUCUCGCCAAUGGCGACCCAACUGGAUUUGGGUAUCACGGCGAUUAUUUGCAGGCCUGGGAUGACGGCGUGCUGCAGAAAGCCGUCAACACUUGCACAAAUGAGACGGGUUUGAUCACUGAUUGCGAUAUCUUUGAUCUGCAGAACGAGACAGAUCAAAACCAAUGUCAGCUUGACUUGCCGCCGCAGCUUCAGCAUGAGAAUGUUCAUAUGCAUGCUGACGGCCUGCCGGGGAAUAUGCCUAUCGAAUGGGGUCCGGGAUAUGCUAUGCGCGCUGAUAAAUUGCCCGGACACCCAACUACGACCACCGAGCCUGUCCCAAGCAUUCCUACGAUCCCGUCACUGUCGAUACCUGAUCUGUCAAUACCUACUUUGGACCUUGAUCCAACCCCACUUUUUGACAAGUUGCAUGUCAUGAACACCGCCGAAGCCGCUGCAGAUCCGACGACCACUGACCCGGCUCCUGCAUCUACUGAUUCUGUUGAAAUCGAUCCGGUCACUCGAGAGAUUAUCUACAUGGAACAAGAUAUCAUAGUCAUGGUCAAUGGCAAGGGUGAACCUUACACUACGAGCACAGGGAGGAUAUAUACCAAGUCCACCACAACGACAACAAUUAGCAAGGCCACCACUGUGGUCUUUCAGGCUGAAAAGAAUGAUACGCCAGAGAAACCAGUCAAACAUGAUCACGCCCGGAGGCAUGCACACAAUUAUAACUAUGGUCACCUGCGUCACAAGAGAGACUUGUUCUAG